AAUUAUGAACCAAACAAAAACUCAAACCCAGAAAUUUUCCCGAUCACCAAAUUCCCUACUCACGCAUGACACACCCCCACCGUUUCCAAUUUCCGACGCUGUAAAUUUCAACCCAUCGCCAUGGAAACCAUUCUCUCACCUACCUCCUUCUGCCCACUUCUCAAAACCCAUCUCCCUCGCCACCCCAAAUCGAAUUCCGCGCUCAAACCCAUUUUCUGCGCCCUAAAAAAGCAAUCUUUGCAGUCGGUUCAGCCGCAAUCCUCGUACAAUCCCACCACCACUUGGCUCUCCAAUGUCCACCAAGGAAUAGCGGCGCUCGCCAUUUCUCUGGCCCUCAAUUUUACACUACCAAUUUUGACCGACGCCGCUUUGGCGUCGGAAUUCGAUGUUCUUAACGACGGCCCGCCCAAAGAUUCGUACGUUAUCGACGACGCCGGAGUUCUCAGCCGCGUGACGAAAUCCGACUUGAAGAGAUUGUUGUCCGAUUUGGAGUUCAGAAAAGGCUACCACAUUAACGUUGUCACUGUCCGCAAGCUCACUAGCAAAGCAGAUGCAUUUGAAUAUGCUGACCAAGUAUUGGAAAAAUGGUACCCAACUAUCGAGGAAGGCAAUAAUAAAGGCAUAAUUGUGCUCGUCACAAGUCAAAAAGAAGGCGCCGUGACAGGUGGCCCCGAUUUCAUCAAAGCUGUCGGUGAUUCUAUUCUCGACGCCACUGUAUCCGAAAAUCUUCCAGUGCUAGCGGUAGAUGAGAAGUACAACGAAGCAGUAUAUAGUGCCGCUAAGCGUUUAGCGUCUGCUGUGGACGGGCUUCCGGAUCCCGGGGGCCCACAGGCUAAGGACUACAAAAGAGAAUCUAACUUCAAAACGAAAGAAGAGACAGACGAGAAACGGGGUCAGUUCACUCUUGUUGUUGGAGGUUUGUUAGUCAUUGCUUUCGUUGUUCCUAUGGCACAAUACUUCGCUUAUGUCUCCAAGAAAUGAAGCAAUCCCGGAUUUUUUUUUUCUUUUUUAAAACUUCCCAUUUGAGUUGAACGAGUGUAUAAAAUGCUGUAUAAAUGUUCGUAUCGAGUACUGAUUCACCUAGUCAUGAAUCAGCGAAUUAAAGUUUCGUAAUAUCAUCUUUCGUCUC